AUGAUUCGACUGGGAGCUUGGCUGCUGACGGCCAUACUCGUGGCGAUACAGUUCGACACCACCGUCGCCACAAACUGUUCAGCUGCUGAUGCGACCAGAAACUGUAUUGAUGGUCUGAUUGUACCCAUAUGGCGACCAUUUCUGGAUCUCUCUCCAGGCGAUAAAAUCAUGCGUGGUCUGAUCUAUUUCGUCGUUAUAGCCUACUGUUUCUUGGGUGUAUCCAUCGUAGCCGAUCGCUUCAUGAGUAGUAUCGAAGUGAUUACGAGUAUGGAACGAAAAAUCGUAGUGAAGCGACCUGGACUCGAUCCAAUGGAGGUGCAUGUUCGUAUAUGGAACGAUACCGUAUCUAAUUUGACCCUUAUGGCUUUGGGUUCCUCGGCCCCCGAAAUUCUUCUGUCUAUUAUUGAGAUUAUUGCGAAAAAAUUCGAAGCCGGUGAUCUUGGUCCGAACACAAUCGUCGGUUCGGCUGCAUUCAAUCUUUUUAUGAUUAUCGCUAUAUGUGUAUCAGUUAUUCCGAAAGGAGAAGUACGUCGUCAAAAACAUUUGGAUGUGUUUUUCGUCACAGCCUCUUGGUCGAUUUUCGCCUACAUCUGGAUGUACGUUAUCCUUGCUGUGAUAUCACCAGGAGUGAUUGAAAUCUGGGAAGGUCUACUCACAUUCGCAUUCUUUCCGCUUACCGUAUUCACCGCAUGGAUUGCUGACAUCAAAAUUAUUCAGAAUCGUUUCCUACCUCGUCGUUAUCGUCGUGGAUCUCAUGGAAUGAUCGCUACGGAAGGGGAAGAGCUGAAAAUGUUGGAAAGUAACGGUAUCACUCAGGCAUACAAGGAUUUCACACAGGCGGACUACGUUGACCCCGCCGUUCGCGCAUUUGAAGAGCAUCGUCAGGAAUUUAUUGAGCUGAUGAGAGAGAUCCGAAAGAAGAAUCCACUCAUCUCUCCAACGGAUUUGCAAAAACAAGCCGAGUAUGAGAUGAUCACAAGAGGACCAAAAUCACGUGCAUUCUAUCGUGUACAGGCUACACGUCGUCUUAUUGGUGGUGGUGAUAUUGUGAAGAAACGGAUCGAUAAAGAACACAAUAAGGCGGUUGAUGUGUUAGUCCAGGCUCAAGAGAAACAAGUACGUGAGAACACCUGCAAAAUCUAUUUCGAUCCGGCACAUUAUACGGUAUUGGAGAAUAUUGGAAAUUUCGAUGUCGUCGUUGGACGAGAUGGUGGCCCUGAAGGUCUUACAGUUAUGGUGGAUUACUAUACUGAAGAUGGUACAGCAAAUGCUGGAUCUGAUUACAUCCCUGUGAAGGGAACCCUAACCUUUUACCCUGAUGAUAAGUAUCAGAAAAUUUCUAUCGAAAUUGUGGACGAUGAUGUGUUCGAGGAGGACGAGCACUUCUAUCUUCAUUUGCGAAACUUACGUGUACGCACCAAAGACGGUUUGAUCCUGGAUCCGUCAAGAAUCGGUGGCCUACCGGUGGCACAAUUAGAGAUGCCGGCCACGGCAACCAUCAUGAUUCUUGAUGACGAUCACGCCGGUGUAUUUUCAUUCGAACAUGAUCAUUUCCAAAUUGUUGAGAGCUGCGGACAUCUUUCGCUACGAGUUCAAAGGAGUUCCGGUGCAAGAGGAAAAGUUGUCAUUCCUUUCAGAACAUCGGACGGAACUGCUAUUGGAGACAAACAUUUUGAAUCCAAGGAAGGAGAAAUAGUUUUUGAUGACAAUCAGACUGAAGCUUUCAUCGAACUUGGAGUGAUGGACACCGAGCAAUACGAGAGAUCCGAUUACUUCUUCAUUGAACUUGCCCCACCAAUUUGGGCAAAGAAGAUGAGCGAUCUGAGCAAAGUGCAAGAACGAUUCCAACGUCGUAUGGAACAGAAGCGCAGAGCAUCUAUUGCAUCGGAAUCGAAGGAGAGCAGUGAACCACCAGGUGGACGAAGUCGGACACCGUCACGAGACUUUCUUACCACGGAUCCGAAUCAAAGGGCCGUAUCGGCCUCACCGAAUCUCAGCUCACGUUUCAAAAAACGAAUGGGAUCGUGGAUCGCCGGCAUGAAAGGUGCAGAUGAUAACAUGAAUGGCUUGACAGCGGAUCAGUUGGAGAUCGCCGAAAUGGGAAAACCACGUCUUGGUGAAUACUCAAAAUGUCAAAUCACCAUCAAGGAGAGCAAAGAAUUCCAGGGUAUUGUCGAUCGCAUGAUCAAAAACGCUAACACUAAAUUGAUGUUGGGAACGUCCUCAUGGCGGGAACAAUUUAUUGAUGCGCUUACGGUGAAUGCUGAUGAUGAUGAUGAUGAUGAUGGUGACGAUGAAGACGGUGAAGGAGGUGACGAGCCUAAAGAAAAGGCACCACCGUCUUGCGGUGACUACAUAAUGCAUUUCAUGACGAUGCCAUGGAAGCUACUCUUUGCCACUAUUCCCCCUACGGAAUACUGGGGAGGAUGGGCAUGUUUUGUCGUCUCUAUCUUUAUGAUUGGUGUUCUGACAGCUCUUGUGGGAGAUUUAGCAUCGCAGUUCGGUUGUUGGGUUGGUCUCAAAGAUUCGGUCACUGCGAUAUCAUUUGUCGCACUUGGUACAUCUGUUCCUGAUACGUUCGCUUCGAAAGUAUCCGCCGUACAAGAUAAAUAUGCCGAUAAUUCUAUUGGAAAUGUUACCGGCUCAAAUGCAGUCAACGUUUUUCUUGGUAUCGGAAUUGCAUGGUCCGUCGCUGCUAUAUAUCAUUUCUUCAAUGGGACACAGUUCCUGGUCGAUCCCGGAAAUCUUGGUUUUUCCGUAUUAGUUUUUUGCCUCGAAGCUUGCGCAUGUAUUACAGUGAUUGUUUUGAGGCGAGGAAAACUUGUCGGCGGUGAGCUUGGAGGUCCUUUGAAAUACAGGGUCAUGACUUCAGUCUUCUUCAUGUCGCUAUGGCUCCUCUAUCUAAUUCUAUCAGCACUUGAAGCUUACUGUAUAGUUAAAGGUUUCUAA